GUUUUGCAGCGGCAGCAGAAUUAUGGGAGCGGAGUCCAAACAGGUUCAGACUGGAGUAGCGAGUUUCGGCUGAGCUGCAGGAUCUGAAAGUGAACCGCGGCUGAAAUGUUGGCUCGAGUUUUCGUUAACGGCCGCUACGGGCUCAGUAACCGAGUGUCGAGUGGAGCUGCACGGCUUGGUGUAGCGGGACAGACGCAGGAGCGGAGCUCCACCACUGAGGCAUCUCUGAAGCGGACCCCUCUCUAUGACUUCCACAGAGCUCAGGGGGGGAAGAUGGUGGAGUUUGCUGGAUGGAGCAUGCCUGUUCAGUACAAAGACAGCCACAUUGCCUCCCACCUCCACACUCGCCAGCAUUGCUCUAUCUUCGAUGUCAGCCACAUGCUGCAGACCAAAGUCUAUGGAAAGGACAGAGUAAAAUUUAUUGAAUCUUUGAUUGUUGGAGACAUCGCAGAACUGAAGGACAACCAGGGCACCCUCUCUCUGUUCACCAACACCAAAGGCGGAAUCAUGGAUGACCUGAUUGUGACUAAAACAGAUCAGGAGUAUUUGUAUGUCGUGUCCAAUGCUGGCUGUGCAGACAAAGACUCCGCCCACAUGCAGGCCAAGCUGCAGGAGUUUAAAGCUGCAGGUCAUGAUGUUGACUUGGAGUAUAUGGAGGAGAGUUUGAUUGCUCUGCAGGGUCCAUCGAUGGCUCGAGUGCUGCAGGAAGGAGUAUGUGAUGAUCUCAGUAAGCUGUCGUUUAUGACCAGUGUUUUGACCCCAGUUUUUGGUGUCCAGGGCUGUAGGGUCACUCGCUGUGGAUACACUGGCGAGGAUGGUGUUGAGAUCUCAGUUCCAUGUGAGAGUGUGGUUGCGUUGACAGAGAGGCUGCUGGUCAACAGUGAGGUGAAACUGGCCGGUCUUGGUGCCAGAGACAGCCUCAGGCUGGAGGCAGGGCUCUGUCUCUAUGGCAAUGACAUAGAUGAGACCACGACACCUGUGGAAGCAAGUCUUGUCUGGACUAUAGGUAAACGGCGUCGGCAGGCGAGAGAUUUCCCUGGAGCUGAUAUUAUUGUUCCACAGAUCAAAGCCAAGACACAGAGAAAGAGGGUGGGACUGAUCUCAAGGGGCCCUCCUGUCAGACAGCACACCCCCAUACUUAGCCCUGAUGGCAGAAUUAUAGGUGAGGUCACGAGUGGAUGCCCCUCCCCUUGCCUUAAGCAGAAUGUGGCCAUGGGUUAUGUGGAGAUGAGCUUUAGUAAAGUGGGAACACCCAUUCAGGUGGAGGUUAGAAAGAAGAUGACACCAGCUGUGGUCAGCAAGAUGCCGUUCGUGCCCACAAACUAUUACACUGGAUGCUAGAGCUGAUCUUUGCCUAUCAUAAGGAAAGGCACUGGACAUGAAGUUGGUCAGUGAUUGAUUUCAGACAAAUCUGAUGUCUAAUACUUAAGGUCAAAACCACUGAAUUUCAGAUUUUAAAAAUAAUUUACGCUUUGAGAGUGAAUGCUUAGGACAUACAAGGACUUUUUACAUCCAAAUGCACAUUUACACUGCAUCUCAGAAGUGGCGGUCAGUUUUGGAGUAUCUGUCACAGUUCUAUGUUCUCAAAGAGAAACACGUGGAUUCCAACAUGCUGAAUAAGUAUCAGGUGAUCUCACUUGACAUUCCAUGACACACCUAAAUUCCAUGACAUACUGUACUGGGCAAAGUCAGAGACCCUUUUAUUUAUUUCAUUUCUAGUAAAAAUGGAAAGUACGUUUUAAUUCUAAAACACAACACAAACUUAAGCGGAGGACUCAACAACUAAAUAUAAUAUACAGUUUUUAGUAUUUUGUAGCUUUUUAUAACAUUUUUGUGAGACUUGUUUUCAGUUUUUUUUUCUUCAAUCUGCAGAUAUAUUUUUUAGAUUUCUUAGAAGUUUUUAUACUUUUAUACUUCUUGUCUGUCCAGUGUUAUGAUAACACCAUUGGCUUCUUUGUUUGACCAGGAGAUUGUCUUCUGUUAUGUGUCCUUUUUCCAGUAAGGCUUCUUGACAGCUACACAUCCUUUCAGGCCCAUAGAGAUGAGGUGAGUCUUCUCACAGUGUAAAGUCAGACAGAAGCACCUGUGGGUUCUUUCAGAUUUAAAGCAAGAGUGGAGCUUGAUUUUUCUCCUUUGUUUCAAAGAAGCUUAGUGAAAGUAUUGUUCAUCUAAUGGUGACAGUUUAUUGGUCUACCAGGCCAUGCACAGUUGUUUGCAGACUCAUUUUCUAUGUAUCUUUUAAUCAAUUUUAGCUUUAAUUAUAUCGUUCAAUAAUAAUUUUUAUCCAUUUUGACUGGAAAUGAAAUAAAAUUUGGUCUCUGGCUUUUAUACAGCACUGUGAACUUGCUCAACCAAAAACAAAUGUUGUUGCAGUAUACUCCUGUUUGCACUUAAGUGUGUAUCUCUGAGUAAUUGAAACAUGUUUUUGGAAGGACACACUCUAUUUAACCCACUUUUUCAUACAGUGAUCAUUACUGCUAUCCAUGGACCAACCACUGACUGAACACAGUUCAUUUAUACCUAAUGAGAAUAUUAGUUUACCUUCACAACUUUGUGAAUAAUAAUGACCAGAACAUUUGCUAAAUACACUGACAUUAAUGUGAGUACAUAUAACAUAGUUUCCUGUAAAAUGUGCCUUGGUUUGAAUAAUUGUAAAAUAACCCUACAGUUUACAGUUAAAAGUACUUGUUUAUUUUUGGAUCAGUACCUUCAUCUCUUGACUUGGCAUCUAUUACAGUUUUAACUUCCUGUAUUUUUUGCAUAUCCUGUGUUAUCCUGAACAGUGAAGCCAAACAAGGGGGCCAAAGUAAAGGGGGUCUAAAGUAAAACUUUAGAAACUUUUGUAGUACUGUAUUGUCAUGAUGAAUCUUUGCUUAGGUAUAUUUUAGGAUACUGAUAACAUAGUAAAUAAUAUUUGAUGAGAAUAAGAUCAAUAACAUUGUAUUUAACAUUAUCAGUAAACUGUUGUCUUUAAUGAUAUUGUUUUAAUGAUAGUCGUGUUUCAUUUAACACUAUUUUAAGAUUGGAACCUGUUGGUUCAAAUGUUUGUCUUUUGAAAAUUUCAACAUGCAUAACAUGAUUAAACAUACGCAAAUAAGUGUACUGACACACACCAUCAUCAUCAUUAUCAACACAUGAUCUGAUUAGUCAAAAACUAGUAAAAGGGCACUCACGAAGACCUCUAUUUCUGGUGGUUACAACACUGGAAUUCUUGAGAUGGUGGAUACCAGAUUGUGUGCAAUACCUGUGUUGGCAGACAUCACAACCACAGAGCUGACCUUAAAAAGCUCUUGCUGGCUUCCUUCUAGUUAAACCUCUGUUCAUCCCUCUUCAGCUGUCACACCACUAGGGCUGCACAAUACAUUGCUAAUCGUUAUUGCAAUACUGGCCUUUGCAAUGUUGAUAUCGAUAUAUGCUGCAAUAUGCACACAAGAGCUGUCACAAGCCUCCACGAUGUUGAAGGUGGUGUUUGUUGCGGAUUUGCUCAGCAUACACGAUUUGUUUGAGAUGACCCCAGAGAUAAAAGUAGACAAUAAAAUAAAAUAAA